AUAUUAUUAUAGUAUACCACGGGAAAUCAGACUCUUCCAUAAGACAGAGCUCAUAUUCCCAUAUUAUUACUCCUUGUGUACCUACCGUUAUCCCGAUUCCCGAUGCACAUUGAUAACAGAGUGCUCGUGUACGUGCGUGCGCACUGUCACCGAUGUCGAGCGACGGCUGAUGACUGCACUUCCAAUACAAUGUACCGUGUUGUUAAUGAUAACGACAACAUUAACCAUUCGAGAGGACAACGACGAAGUCGAAGAGAAAUUCGGUUAUUUAAGAAAAUAUCCUAAAUCUCCUUUGAUCGGGCAACCGUUUCACCGUCGUUCGUCUUACUACUCACACACCUUUGUACAGCCGUGAUCUAUAUUCCAUACAGAUCGAAUUCUACCUUUUUCGCUCAUUGUGACGACUGCAAGCUACACAGUCCGCAGUCUGACAGACGUUCGUCCAUCAGUACACAGCCUCAUGUUAUGUGGCUGGUCCCCGAAAGAAAAAUGCGGGUUCGUGUGUGGCCAUCGUGCGAAGUAGAUUGUGCUUGUCUUGCAAAUCGUUGAAACGAUAUUCAGAUCCAGGAACGAUAUGUUACCACUGAAUGGAGCACAGAGUAACAAUCUGCAGUUACAAACAGAUAUCGAAAUGAAAAUGAUGAGUGAAUAUACAGAAGUUAUCAGCUCUUCUGAUGCAGAGCAAGUUAUUGAAUAUGAAAUAGUCGCUGAUGGAGAGUUUGAAAACAAUACAUUCACAAAUUUAUCAAAUGAUACAUAUAAUGAUAAUCAAGAUUCCAUUUCAAGAUGCAAAAUGUCUAUAGAAGAGUUAUCAACGUCAAGUAAUAAAAAUCAAUCAUUAUCUGAUAGUGAGUUGGGAAACAAAAAAUUAAAAUAUUUUGAAAUAAAUUUACCAAAUAAUUCUUAUAAUGAUAUUCAAGAUUCUAUUUCGAUAUGUGAAAUGUCUAAAAAAGAUUUAUCACCAUUAAGUAAUACAAAUUAUAUAUCCAAAGUAAAAAAUGAAAAUACAGGUAUGGAUCAUUUAAUUAAAUCUGAGAUUGAUGAUACACACGAAAAAAAUAAAAGAAGUAUAGAAGCAGAAAUAAGAUUGGAAAAUGCAUUCAGAGAAUGUAUAAUUGAAAUGAAUAGUGACUUGUCUAUUGAUGAAGAGGAUAUUUUUAAUAAUAUUUUAAAACAAUUAAAUGAAAAUGGUUCAACAAUAGAAACCAAUCACAAAAGGAAAACAUUACUUUCAGAUGAAUUUGAUACUGAUGCUGAUGCUGAUACUGAUACAAUUAGCAAUAAUUGGACCUGUGACAUUCAAAAAGAACACUCCUAUUUUGAAAAAAAUAAUGAAAAAGUAAUAGUUAAUGAUAAAAUUGAUCAAUAUAAUGCCAUUUCAGAACAAUCUCCAAAAUCUUGUCAAGAAAUUAUUAAUGGUAAUGGUAUUCAUAAUAAUAUGUGUUUUGAUCAUUGUGAAAUAAAAGAUUUUAUUAAGACUCAUAAAAGAUUUUUACAAAAAAGUAUUUGUCUUAAUCUACCAUCAACAAUUGAUAAAUGUAUUGAAUGUCGUGUUCAUCAAAUGAAAAAUAAUUUGACAAAACGUGAAUAUGAUACUAUUACUUGUAGGUUUUAUGCAUUCCGCGAAUUAAAAUAUACAAAAUCUGGAAUUUUAGCUGUGGCUGGAUAUCCAGAUCCUUUUAAAAAUAUUGGUCUCAUCGAUAUGGGUAUGUGGUUACCAGGUAAACAUUCAUCUGCUCCUAGUGAUUUUAAUAUUAAAGCAUCUACAAAAAUUUUAGAAGAUGCAGGAGGUCAAUUUUGCAUAUUUGUUCGAGAUGAAAUAGAAGCGUUAAACUUAAAUUUACCAAGUAAUGGGAAAACACGUAAAAUAGUAUGGAAAAAAUGUGUAAAAGGAGUUAGAGAAAUGUGUGAUGUUUGUAAAACUACAAUAUUCAAUCACCACUGGUCUUGUGGUAAAUGUGGGUUUGUAGUUUGUGUUGAUUGCUUUAGGGCCAAACUCAAAGGUGCUCGACUGACUGAAAAACAAAAUAUUAUACAAAGAAACUUCAACAAAAAAAUUUGGUUACUUUGUUCAAAUCAGAAAGAGCAUCAGGUUGAAAAUCUUUCUAUUACCCAAAUACUUGCUGGGAAUGCUUUAGAAUAUAUUUCGGACCUCAUGCAUGAUACUUGUUAUUCUCGUAAUAUACCUUUAAAUUGUAAUUGCGAAAAAUCAAAAAAAAUUAUGCCAAGUGGUUAUAUUGAUUCUACUCUUAACGAGUUUCUUACCAAUGUUUAUGGAAAAAGUAGCUCGGAUGAUUCAGAUGAUACAGAUGAUACAGAUGAUACAGAUGAUACAGAUGAUAUAGAUGAUGCAGAUGAUAAUGAAGAACAAACUUUAGGAAUGCAAGAUUUAAUAAAAAAACAACAUUUUAAGUAUUUCAAUUCAAUUAAAGGGAAUGAAGGAGUUAAAUCUGAUUAUAAAGUUAGUACCAGAAUUUCUAGGGAAGAUAUUGAAGAUAAAUUGUGUACAGCUGAAUAUAUCAGAAAAAAAAAAUGGUUUACACCUCAAAUAUCAUUGUUGUCAAAUGAUGAGACCCAUGCACCUCAUAUGUGGCUGUGUGAAGGACAUCUUUUACGUUUAUUAGAUCCAAAAAGUGACAUUAACUAUACAAUUUUUCAGGAACAAUGGAAACGCGGUCAACCUGUAUUAGUAAGUGAUGUUGGCAAUAAAUUAAACUCUUCGUUAUGGCAUCCAGAAUCAUUUUCUCGUGAUUUUGGCGAUCAAAUUAAUGACCUGAUUAACUGUACUACUGGUAAUGUGAUUUCUGACCAACCAAUGAGUAAGUUUUGGAAUGGGUUUGAAAAUGCUGAGGAAAGGUUGUGUGAUAAACAAGGCAAUGUAAUGCUACUAAAACUUAAAGACUGGCCGCCAUCGGCAGAUUUUGCAGAAACAUUGCCUGAUAGAUUUCAAGAUUUAAUGAAUUGUUUACCACUGAAAGAAUAUACACACCGUAAUGGUAAAUACAACUUGGCUUCUCGUCUACCAGACUGCUUUGUUCGGCCAGAUUUGGGCCCAAAAAUGUAUACAGCUUAUGGUAAUUCAAGUACAAAGCACAAAGAAGUAGGCACUACAAACCUUCAUUUGGAUAUAUCAGAUGCUGUUAAUGUUAUGGUUUAUGUUGCGAUUACUAAGAACUGCAAAGAAUAUGAUCAUAAUUGGUAUGUGAAGGAAGCUUUACAAGUGAUUGAAGAAGCUGGUUGUGAUGAUUUAACAAUGAGACGAAUUUACGUGGAUGGAGAAACUCCUGGAGCUCUGUGGCAUAUUUACCAUGCAUCAGACGCUGACUCGAUUAGAGAUUUGUUAAUUAAAGUUGCAGUUGAACACGGAACACCUUUGGAACAAUUCAGCGAUCCUAUACACGAUCAAUCCCACUAUCUAGAUGAAUACCUUAGGGAGCGCUUGUAUAGAGAAUAUGGAGUUAAAGGAUAUGCAAUCGUUCAGUAUUAUGGUGACGCAGUGUUUAUUCCAGCAGGAGCCCCUCACCAGGUCAGAAAUUUACACAAUUGUAUAAAAGUGGCUGAAGAUUUUGUAUCGCCAGAAAAUGUUCAUCAUUCGUUUCGAAUGACACAAGAAUUUCGACAUCUAACUGACAGUCAUACUAAUCAUGAGGACAAGUUACAGAUCAAAAAUAUUGUGUUUCAUGCUGUCAAAGACUCUGUUUCAGUAUUGAUGCACAAUAAACCUCGACUAUUGUAACAUACAAAUGUAUCAACAUUUUUGUAUGUUAACAUUAUUUAACAUUUUGUAUAGAAUGUUUACAAAAUUAAAAUAAUUGUUGCAUCCACCAAAUACUUUUUAUAUUUUUUUUUACAUUUUAAUUGAAAAUGGAAAUUACCAUAAGUUGCCAUCUCAUUUUUAGUCAAUUUUUUUUAUUAUAUAGUUUUAAUUAUUCUAACAUGAAUAUAUCAAUUGUUUUAAAUUAUUAAGGCUGUGUACAUAAAUAUUACUUAUUGUUAUAACUUAUAAUUAUGGUUUAUUAUGAUAAAUAAAUUGAACUAUUUUAUUAUUA